CAACUCCCAAAACCUGGAUUUGAUUUCGAUCUGAGCAGCAAAUCCCUCCUUCCGUACACCAUAUCCCUCCUUUUUUGGGUGAUUCUAGUCACAUGGGCUUCCUCAGUCCUGGCUCUGCUCAAACCCUCCAUGACUUCUUUCUCAUCCGGUCCUCUGGCCUCUUCCCUCCAACACCAAUACAAUUCCCUCCUCCCGCUUUCUCCACUCCCACACCCUAACUGAUCUUUGAGCUGUCCUGUCCAUGACAAUUGGCUCAACCCAAGCAGCAGCAUUAGUACCGGCUGCAACUACAGCAGUACAAAACCCAUAUCUCACAAUUUUCACUACCUCAGUGGAAUGUCCUACCCAAUUCAGUGUAUAUGAGAGGGACUAAGCGGUGCUGAUAUUUUUAUAUGAGUAAUUUUUGAGCUGGUUGUGAAUUUGGGUAAAUUGGACAAACCCCAUAUAUAAAGUGAUGAUAUCUUCAGGGAUAAACCUGGUGAUGACGGUGAUUGGGUUCGCGGUAAGCACCAUGUUCAUAGUGUUCGUGUGUACCAGGCUUGUCUGUGCUCGGAUUCACCUCAUUGUAUCUAGACGCUCCUUCCCCAUAGCAUCCGGAUCUGAUCUCAAUAUUCUGGAACGGGGAUUGCAUGGCGUUGAACCUGUGGUAAUAGCCAACUUUCCAACAAAGAAGUACAGUGAUGCAUUUUUUUCAGCUGUAGAAGAUGCUCAAUGCACUGUUUGCCUUGCGGAAUACCAUGGUGAUGAUGUAUUGGGAUCCUCCCCUACUGUGAGCACUCCUUCCAUGUAACCUGAAUAGAGAUAUGGCUUCAGCAGCAUUCCACAUGUCCUGUUUGUAGAAUAUCAUUGCGCGAGUUUCCUGAGAUAAAACGCCUCAUGCAACCCUUGUCCUGUUCGGCUAUUCGAUCUCAUUAUGGUACAGAGUCCUUCAGUACCCUUUCUUAUCGCUAUCUCUUGAAUAGUCGUGCAUCAAGAACUCAUGAAAAUCAUGGUAUGGACCCCAUUCAAGAAGAUCAUGCAGCAUCAGGGUGAUGUAACAGAUGCCAGGGAGAAUAGCUCCCCCUUAACUGAGAGUAAUCAGAUUUCUAAGGACUAGGGAAAUAAGCAUUUAGAAAGCCCAUCAAAUCCGUACACAUUGGUGCCUUCGAAUUCAAGAUACAUCUGCUAAUAUGAGCUGGUUUGGUAUUGCUGUGUUUUAAAAAAAAAGCUGCUUCAGCUGUGCUGUGAGAAUAAGCAGCUGUGGAAUAAAGCAACAGAGUGUUUGAUAAA